UAACAGCUCCUCGCUGGCACAUCUGGAGCGGGAGGAGGACGGGCAGGAGCCACAGGUCCAGCAAGCGAGCCCGAUGCCAACGAGUUUCCUCGGCAGUGCCCUCCGGGGCACCUUCUUCCUCCUUUUUGGUCUCUGGUGGUCGGUGCGGUACCCACUGAGGUACCUCAGGAGGAAAGGCAACGCCGGGAGCCAGCCGAGCCACGGGACCCAGCGCGUGGAAGCCUUCGAAGGGGCGGUCAAAGCUCUCUUUGCUCUAGCAGGGAUGCUGGUGGAGCAGUUUGUUCCCACUGGGCCCCAUCUGCAGCUGUACAGCCCCGAGGCGCGGGGCUGGACCGACCUCACGCGCUGGCACUACACCACCAUCUACCUCUUCUUCCUCCUCUCCGGCAUCGUGGACGUCGUCUCCCACUCCCGGCUCAAGCUGCCGCUCGGCUUGGACCGGCUCUCGCUGUCCGUGGCUCUGCUCGUCGAAGGUUUGCUCUUCUGCUUCUGUGACUACAGCGAUGCAGCGCUGGACCAUCACCUCUAUUCCCUGCUGGCCACGGCUACCUUUGCUGGAGCCCUCUGUGCCCUCCUAGAGGUGUUUAUCCGAGACCACAUCAUCCUGGAGAUCUUCAGGACCAGCUCCUUCCUUCUCCAGGGCUCUUGGUUUUGGCAGAUUGGGUUUGUGCUGUCCCCUCCAUGGGGAGGAGCAGGCUGGGAUCUGACCGACCGCACCAACUUCACGGUCCUCACCAUGUGCUUCUGCUGGCACUACGCAGGGGCUCUUGCAGUCUUGGCAGCAAACGCUGCUGCAUCCCGCUGCUGUAAUGAGUCCUGCCAGCUGAGAUUUGGGGACAUCGACGUGGAGCUGGACUGCGGCAUGUGCAUCCGCAAAGGCAACAAGAGCUCCGGCGGUGCCCUGCUGCCCGAGAGCCCCUCGGAUGACAAAUGAGGCUGUGUUGGGCAUGGAACC